AUCCUUCACAUAAUGUGUUCCUCACAAAGAAAUCCCAACCUGGAUGUAGUCUAGUGUGACGAAGCCGCCAUUUCAAGGCGAAAAGGACCCACUACAGACGCUGUAGGAAAUUUUUGUAUAAUUAUUUUUUAUUUUUCUAAUAUAUAUUUUUAUUUUUAUUAACCAGUAAGGGAAAUAAUAUUGAAUCUACCUCGCCUGCGUCACCAGCUGAAAUGGAUGCAGACACAGAAGAAAAGGUGACAGAAAUGUCAAAAAUUUCCAAGGAUGAGUCUCAGAAACCCUCAAUGGACAACAAAUUUAGGGGUCGUGGGUUUAAGAGCCGCGCUCGAGGGGGUCGGAUGAUUCGAGGUGGCAUGCGUGGUGGACGGGGCAUGAUGAAAGGGUUUGGCCCACCUGGAUUUGGGAGGGGGAGAGGGAAAGAUGGAGCCAUGAAUGGAUUUGGACCCAUGAGAGGAAUGGCGAGGAUGCGACCUUACCCAGACCCCAGAGGUCACCGAGGUAGGGGUGGACCAAUGGGCAUGGGCCCUCCUCCCCCUCCACCUCCAAUGCACCUCAGAGGCCCCUUCCCACCCAUGCACAGGCACGGUCCCCCUCCACCGCCUCCUCCAGGUCAUCCUGGCUUCAGAGGGCGUCCACCACACCCUCGGGGCCGUGGCAUGCUGCCCCCUGGACCUCCACGCCACUUCCACCCCCGCGGCCCAAGAGGCUACCACAAUGGACCGGUCUCUCCUCCGCCUCACCCCCCACCUGGCAGAGGCCAGAGGUGGCCAGGGCCCCCUGGUGGCCGACGCUUUUAACACAGCCUGCCCUAAAAACAAUAACCAAACACUUGUUAAUGCAGAAGGGGCUAAAAGUGGUGCAGUAAAUGAAACGCCCCUUAAUUGUGUGUUACACAAAGUAUCUUCAUGGCAUACUCUGUGGCCAAAUGUCUGCUUAUUGAUAUUGUCUUCUGGCAAGUAAUCAAUGUAAAAAAAAUGACUAAUGACAACAUAAAAUGCCUCCCAACUUUAACAAUGUAAAGUUCUGUUAUCUAUGUUACAGAAAUACUGUUGGUACUGUAGGAACUAUUUGAGAUUAUUGAGAAAAAGUUUGUUGAAAGGGAGGAAUAUUCAUGUCAAAGUACAUUAAAUGUUUUGUGGUUCUUGUUACAGUCACCCUGUGAGCCUUAAGACGUUUUUUCCUGAUACAUAAUAAAGAAUAAAUAAUGGGUGACACUGUAUAUUUGAAGGUGGGGAAAAAUUACUGAAAGGGUGUAAACAGCCCUCGAGCACCACUGUUAACUAGUUUAGUACACCUUGAACUUCUCUAACCUUCCCUUUUGUUACAUGGAAAUAGUUCUGUAUCAUAACCUCACCAAGCAGUGCAGCAGAUAUUGUUUAACACUUACACAUUUUUUCAAAUGAAAAGAAAAUAUUCCACUUUGUCAAGUAUUCAUGAUGAUUUAAUUUUAUAUCGUUAAUGUGCAGCUAUUUAAAGUUCUCACCUAAGUAUUGCUGUUUGGAACAUUCAUGCUUCUACCAUGUAAUGAUACAAUGGAAAGGCAUUAUAAAUGAAUAGUAUAUCGAAAUAGAUAUAGUAGAUUUUAUAAAAGGAAAAUUGCAUUAGUAUUAGCUUCAGUUCAGAACAACUCUUUACUGUGUUUAGUUUCUUGAAGUGUUAUAAAUUCUAUUCAUUGUAAUUAACAUAACUUUUGUGAUCCUGUGAAUGUGUUUGAUGAAAACAGUCGAGACAUAUGAAA